CUUACCAAGGGAGCAACCCUGUUGACGAUACAAUCCACCUAUCGUUAUUUUGGGGGCGGGUUUCCCCUCUGCCCCGCUUCCGCCAUGGACGUAGAACAUCGGUUGGGGAUUGAUGUUCGAGAUAGGUUAAGAUAUCCUGGAAUCAGGACCGGAGCUCGGCGCCUCGGACACGAAGGUGGAUUCCUCAGUGAUACAAAACUGGACUCUAUCCACAAAUCCAGUUGACGACUCACUUGACGUAGACGGAUGUGGAAACUUGAAUGGCAGGAACAUCACAGUAUCACAGUCUCAAUCAUAUGGCCUUGACUUAGCAGAUCGGAAAUAUAGUGAACUCUCUCAUCCAACUUAUAUCUAGCCAAGCAAUCGCGAACCAUGCCUCCAUCUAAUCGCUCUCCCACUGCUACGGCCGCCAAUGGCACCGAUGACCCCUCCACCCCCAGCGCCGUCCUCCACCGCCACCUCCACCACCGCCCCCUCCGCAUCACCUCCAGCCACGGCCUCUACCUCACAACCUCCACCGGCCAACGCAUCCUCGACGCCACCUCCGGCGCCGCCGUCACCAGCCUCGGCCAUGGCAACCCCCGCGUCCAAUCCGCCAUGGUCGCGCAAAUGAACCAAGUCUCCUACUGCCACUCCCUCUUCUUCAGUACCACCGCAGCCGAGGACCUCUGCGCGGAGCUCAUCCGCGGGACGGAUGGGGCGAUGGCACGCGCGCUCAUCGUGAGCAGCGGGAGCGAAGCAAUGGAGGGGGCGAUGAAGUUGGCGCGGCAGUAUUGGGUGGAGCGGGGGGAGGGGGCGCGGCGGACGGGGUUUGUGGCGCGGGAGGGGAGUUAUCAUGGGGUGACGUUGGGGGCGUUGGCGGUGGGAGGGCAUGUGUUGCGGAAGGAGAAGUUUGCGCCGUUGUUGGGGGUGGAGGUGGGAAGGGUGGGGAGGUGUGAUGCGUAUCGGGGGAUGAGGGAGGGGGAGGGGGAGGGGGAGUAUGUGGGGAGGUUGGCGAGGGAGUUGGAGGAGGAGUUGAGGAGGGUAGGGCCGGAGACGGUGUGUGCGUUUGUUGCGGAGCCGGUGGUUGGGGCGGCCACCGGCUGCGUCCCCGCCGUACCAGGCUACUUCAAAGCCAUCCGCGAAGUCUGCGACAAGUACGGCAUCCUCCUCAUCCUCGACGAAGUCAUGUGCGGCAUGGGCCGCUGCGGCACCCUCCACGCCUGGCAGCAGGAAGGCAUCGUGCCCGACAUCCAGACCAUCGGCAAGGGGUUAGGUAGCGGGUACAGUCCGGUCGCGGGGUUGCUGAUGAACCAGAGAGUAGUUGACGCGCUCGAUCGAGGCACGGGGGCGUUCACGCAUGGCCAGACGUAUCAGGGACAUCCGAUUGCGUGCGCAGCCGCGCUGGAGACGCAGAAGAUAUUGCAGGAGGAGAAGCUUGUUGAUAAUGUGAGAGAGAUGGGGUUGGUCCUUGAAAAGCUGCUGAAGGAGGGGUUGGAAGACCAUCCGCAUAUUGGCAAUAUUCGAGGGAAAGGUUUGUUUUGGGGGAUCGAAUUUGUGCAAGACAAGGCGACCAAGGCGCCAUUUGAACCAUCAGAAGCCAUCUCCGCUGGCAUUCAUGAGAAAGGCAUGGAAGAGAAGUACAGCAUCUCCCUCUAUCCGGGUAGUGGCACUGCCGAUGGUCGAAAAGGAGACCACAUCAUGGUUUGUCCGCCGUUCAUCGUCACCCCUGCCGACAUCGAGGAGAUUGUUCGGAUCACGGUGAAGGUCAUUGAGGACUUCUUCCAGGAGAGAGCAGGAAACAAAUGAAAAACACCUAGUAGGCAGUACAAGGUCAUGUCCUUGACGGCGGUAAGGGCCGGAAACCCAAUGCUGUGCAUAGAACCGUAGAUACGAUACAAGGACUUUGAGGACGAUAUUAAAGGAGAACUGAAUACCGUGUUGAAUUUCACUAUAGCAUGACCCUCGGCAUUGUCUCGUUCCAGGAGAUUGACUAGAUGAAUAUUAG